CCCCAAAACCCUCUUCCAUUCCUCCAGCGCGAGAGACAGAGAGAGAUGAGCGACGAGAAGGAGGAAGGGCUCGUGCUGGUUGCUCGGAAGGGCGGCUUCGGCCUCCCGACGGCAUGCCCCGAUUGCCUCCCCGUGUAUCUCCACCUUAAGCUCGCACACGCUCAGUUCGACCUUCAAUUCGACGUCGCCAACCCCGAUUCGGAUCAUGUGCCUUAUGUUGAGUGUGGUGAUUAUGUGACAUUCAACAAUGAGAAGGGUGGUGUUAUGGAGUCUCUUAAAGAAGAUAACAUUGUUGAUUUGGACUCCAAGCUCCAAUCAAAUGUUAUUCCUGAAUGGCUAUCCACCAAAGCAAUGAUCUGUUCCUGGCUUACAGUUGCAGCACAAUAUGAACUUUGGAUGGCUUCUGAUGGAAGUGUUGCAGAUAAGAUAUAUUUUUCAGAUCUUUCAUGGCCAAUUAGGAAGGCUCUUCAUUGGAAACAAACCCAAGCAAUGAAGAAAAUUCUGGGGACAACAACACUCACUGCUGCUGACAAAGAAGAAGAGAUAUACAGGAAAGCAGCAAAAUCAUAUGAGGCACUCUCCUGGAGGUUAGGAGAUCAAACAUAUUUCUUCGAGAACAGGCCUACUAGUGUGGAUUCUAUGUUCCUUGGGCAUGCGUUGUUUGUCCUUCAUGUUUUGCCUGACACAUCUGUCCUCCGAAGCAAUCUAUUGAAGCAUAAUAAUCUGGUCAGUUAUGCAGAAAGUCUUAAAGCAGAGUUACUGGAAGCUAGCUCAUCAUCAUCUGUGCCUAGAUCACCCUUUGAUGCAUCAACGUCAACUCCUCGAAGGAGAGCUUCUCAAUGGAAGUCUAAGCCCAAACAAAAGCCUAAGAAGGAAAAGACGGAGGAGGAGAAGACCUUCAGAAGAAGAGCCAAAUACUUCCUUGCCGCCCAGUUUGUGGCUGUCCUGGUCUUCCUCUCCUUGUUGGGAGGCACUAAUGAUCCUGAGCUGGAUGCAGGUGAUGAUGAGAUGGCCUAUGAAGACUAGAAAUUUGUUUCAUUCUAUUGAAAUUCACUUAGUCAGGAUCUCAGCAGUCAGGUGUAUCUUACCCCUAUUGACAUUGUUCUGAAGUUGAUUUUGCAUGCAUGGCAAGAAUUUUUGAUAAAUAAUUUUAAAAUGUGGGAAUGCCCCAAUUCUUGGCAAGUCCAAUGGAAUAGAUUUUGUUGUUUCUUUUCCUACAAAACUACAUUCUUCAUUUGUUCUUUCAGACUCUGCUCAUAUCUUCUUUUGUUGUUACCAUUUGGUUUCUUUUUG